GAGUGGUCACAAUUUUUUUUUUUUUUUUUUUUGGGCUCAAUGAGAGCAAGAGGGCACCGGAGAGGAUUUCCUAAUCUCAACGUGCAGCCGAGCCGUGCGCCUGUUUUUCUCUCGCCUGUGUCAAAGUGAAGGCUGAUAUGAUGACAUCCCUUGGAAAACUGGAUCCCGGACAGCGCCGACAACCUUCUCAUCUUAUUUGAAUCUGAGGGAAAUACAAUGUUUAACUCCCCAAAGUUCCUAAGCACCUGUUAAGAGCGAGGACACUGAGAGCUGCACCAUCAUGGCUUCAGAUCAGCCCAGCAUGGACUGUUUGGAGAAGAGAUCUGCAGAAGGCGCUGGCUGCAAGCAGCUGGGACGGAGAUAUUUGCGGAAAAAGCUCCGGCCUGUUCGGGUUUUGGGGUUGGUCUUCAGCCUGGUGGCUUUAAGUGCCGUCUCCGUCAGUGCCUUGAGCAGGAGAUCAGAUGGGCUCAGCGAGCCAUCGCUGCCCCAGGUGGAUCUUCAGCAGUCAGCCCCACACAGGACCCUACUUUUCACCCCAGACCAGGCGGACCCAAAUGUGUCCGUUGACAUGCCCAUAGCCAUGAAGUCCACAGCAGAUGACAAUGAGACACAGGGGGAGUACCCACAGGACCUUUUUAGCCUGGAGGAGAGGCGACAAGGAGCAGUGGCCCUCCAUAUGUUUGGCAUGAUCUACAUGUUCAUUGCCUUAGCCAUCGUGUGCGACGAGUUUUUUGUUCCAGCACUGACGGUAAUCACAGAGAAGCUCUCCAUCUCAGAUGACGUGGCAGGUGCCACCUUCAUGGCGGCCGGCGGUUCGGCCCCGGAGCUCUUCACCUCCAUCAUCGGAGUCUUCAUCUCUCACAGCAACGUGGGCAUCGGCACCAUUGUGGGCUCGGCCGUCUUCAACAUCCUCUUCGUCAUCGGGAUGUGCGCCAUCUUCUCCAAGGAGAUCCUCAACCUGACGUGGUGGCCGCUCUUCCGCGACGUGUCUUUCUACAUCCUGGAUCUGAUCAUGCUCAUCAUCUUCUUCUUGGAUAACAUCAUCACCAUCUGGGAAAGUCUCACACUGCUCUCCGCCUACGCUGCCUAUGUGAUCUUCAUGAAGUUCAACAGCACGGUUGAGGGCUUCGUCAAGGGUUGCAUGCACAAGAACCAAGUGGUAGAAGUAGAGGUACAACCCAAGGAUGAGAAGUUGAGCCCCGGGGCGCCAGACGACGAUGGCAAGUUGUCGGCCAGGCCUCGCCUGCAAAGGGGAGGCAGCUCUGCUUCUCUGCACAACAGUUUGAUGAGAAACAGCAUUUUCCAACUGAUGAUUCACACACUGGACCCUUUAAGUGAAGAAUUUGCUGACUCUGAGCUUGGGACUUAUGGGAAACUAAAAUAUUAUCACUCAAUGACUGAGGAAGGUAAAUUUCGUGAGAAGGCGUCUAUCCUUCACAAGAUCGCUAAAAAGAAAUGCCAAGUGGAGGACAGCGAGAAGGCCAACGGAGUAGCAAGCCGUGCAGAAAAGAAUCUUCCAAACAGCUCCAGCGUGGAAGUGGAGGUGACCCCACCUAUGAACGGAACAGCAGGGCAAGAGGGAGAGACGGCUGAAGAUGAGGAAGAGGAGGACCAGCCUCUGAGCCUGUCCUGGCCCGAAUCCAACCGCAAGCGCUUCACCUACCUCCUUAUCAUGCCCAUUGUCCUCCCCCUGUGGCUGACUCUUCCCGACGUCAGGAAAACGUCGUCAAAAAAGUUCUUCCCCGUUACAUUCCUGGGGGCCAUCUGCUGGAUUGCGGGAUUCUCCUACCUAAUGGUGUGGUGGGCUCACCAGGUUGGCGAGACCAUCGGGAUUACAGAGGAGAUUAUGGGUCUGACUAUAUUAGCAGCUGGAACCUCUAUCCCCGACCUCAUCACCAGUGUCAUCGUGGCACGCAAGGGGCUGGGCGACAUGGCCGUAUCCAGCUCUGUGGGCUCCAACAUCUUCGACAUCACUGUUGGACUGCCGUUUCCCUGGCUACUGUGGUCCAUGUUCCGCGGCUUCAUCCCGGUGCAGGUCAGCUCCAACGGCCUCUUCUGCGCCAUCGUGCUCCUCUUCCUCAUGCUCCUCUUCGUCAUCAUCUCCAUCGCUGCGUGCAAGUGGCGCAUGAGCAAGCUCCUGGGCUUCAUCAUGUUCAUGCUGUACUUCGUCUUCCUGGUUGUCAGCGUCAUGCUGGAGGACAGGGUGAUCAGCUGCCCCGUGUCCGUCUGAUAGGUCCGCCGGGGGUGGGGGGGGAUAAGGGGGCUGCCCUCUCCUCCUCACCCACCUCGUCACCAUCCGACAACAAACCAUCCACACAGCCUGCCGUCAAUCUCACCUGACCCUCAUGAUCCUUCACACCACAAGAACCGCGCCUGAGCAGUAAAGAAAAACCGGACGAAACAUGAAGUCUGCGAACAAUUUUGGCUCACUGGGGUGAGGCGGGGGAGGGAGUGACGAGGUUUUAUCUAGAGAAGAUUUUUGUGGAUAAUCUUUUUUGAGGAGGGGCGCGAGCCAAGCAAAAGGUAUUAUGCAUGCAAUUAGGCUCGCUGGAGGAACCGGACUCAAGUCGUUGCCUGACAGGUUGGAGUAGCAGCGUGUUCACACUUUUAGCAGCAAAAAUGCGCCACGACUCGAGCAGCAACUGUGAGCACAUUUGAACGGACGAGCUCGCUCAGCAGGCCGAAACAAAUGUUGGAUGCGGAUGAAUUUAUUCAUGAGGACAUGGCAGACUCUGCGGAUGAGUGUUUCGCUUCAAAGCCGACGGUACCGAGACUCUCGUGUGAGAUUUCUGCAGACAAACUUUUCCUCCUUUUUUUUUUCUUUUUUCUUUUUUUUUGUUGCGGAUCCAUCUGUGCUCGGUCUUUACGACACGUUUCAGCCUUCAUCCUGUCCUGCCAAUUGCCGUCGACACAUUUCCACGGAGUGUUUUUUUUUUUUUUUUUACUUUAUUUUUGGCUCAAUAGAAGUAGCAGUAGGUUUACAGUAACAGUAUUAUUCGACGUGAAGCCAUCUUAACAGUCUGCUUCUCUUCUUCUCUCGCUGAUUGUACAGAAUCCUCCAUGCUUCACAUUUACCGAUUUUAAAAAAAAAGAAAAGAAAAAAGGGCAAAAAGUAAAAAAAUCAAAAAACAAAAAAAAAAGUCUGAAGUUUAGAUACUAGCCUUCAAAUAUCUCACACAGUUUGGAAGAAAUGCAUGAGUACAUAGGCUCAAUAAAGUUACACACCUAAAUACCUAGAAGAACCACAUCAAAAAGAUGUUUAACAUGUUUAAGCAUCAUGGUUGGCUUAGAUUAGUCAAUGUGUAGUGCUUCGUUCACCAUAACACCUGCCUCAAGUCACCUAAUCAAACCGUUUGAGGUACAAGUAACAAGGCAUAAACUGCAUGGGGAAAAUAAAAAAAGACCCUUCAGGGUGAGAAAAUAACUAACAUUAAGCAAGUUGUAUACAAAAAAAUGUACUUUUGUUUUUAACUACUUCUUUGCAAAUCAAGACUCAAUCUCUAUGUACGGUCAACGAUAUCUAUCAAGCUGUCUAUCGAACCAUUUCCUCUCUAAUCAAAGGUGCUUUUGUGUGCAUGUGCGCAAAUGUGCAUUUGGAGUCACCGCACUGAAAUGUACUCACUUAUAGAGGCAUUUUGCAUAAUGUACGCACACCGAUUUGUCUCUCUUUAAGCUACGUAGAAUGUGGAAAACUCACAGACUUUAUAGCAAUAUACCACAUGUCGUCUUUGAGAGCGUAAUAAUCACUCCGGGCGCUUUCUGCCGAUUUGGGAUUUUCUCAUCAGACGCCAUCAAUGGCAACAAUAAGUGGUACACUGAUUUUCGUUUUAAAAUGUGACAUGUUAAAUUGAAAAACAAGUCUUUUUUUUCCCCUUCUUCUUCUUGUUUGGGCUCAAAAACAGAUGAGAAGAAAUCAAUAUGUUUUGCUUGAUUUUACUGAAUAACAAUGCGUAAAAUUGUAGCUAAAAAGAAAUGCUGACACUUCCACUUGAGGUAGUAGCAUAAUUUUAGAUGUUUUUAUUUUCUCCCUAAUAUGGGACACUAUUGGGGUGUGCGGAAGGAAACAGCACCUCCUACAGUCACAGGAUCACAAAAAAAAAUCAGACGCCGUUAGCGGCUAAAUCCAAUUUCACCACUUGUAGCUCCUUCUUAGCCCUUAACCCUAACAGGUAGGACCUCCCAUUUGUUUCCAUGGAGUAAGGCGAGGAUUAGGCUAUAAAAAAAUUGGCUACAGUAUAUCAAAAAAAUAUAUAUAUAUAUAUUUUUUUUCUUUUCAAUGUAAAUGAUUUUACCAUCACAACAGCCACUGUUUUAAAUAUGGUGCUACAAGAAUAAUGACACAUAAACAACGUGUUGCCAGUUUGGUAACACGUUUUCUCACGUGUUACUAAACUGGAAAUCCAGUUUUAUUACACUGAAUUCUACCUGCAGUCAGAUAAUCAUCAACAUACUUCAAGUAAACAAGAUUUGUGUGCUUGUUAAAGUUUGCGAUGUUAGAACAGCUAUGCACCACAUAGUUUUUUUAUGUUUUAAAUACAUUUAAAAAUGCAUUGUAGCAGAUUUAUUUUCAAUCUGCUUAUUCCUUAACUAGGACAAAACAGAAAAAUAGUGAAUUCUGACACAAGAUUAUUAUUAUUAUUUAAUAUUUACGUCAAAAGUAACCUUUUAUUUUGACCAACUUAAAAAAGACAGCUUUGACCUCGUAGGCUACCAGAGCUCCACGCCAAGGAUAAAUUGAAUAAAUCCCAGAGGAAAAAGCUGAUCAGCAGUUCUAAUAAGAAGUUCCUUCUGAUUAUUCUAAAGGCUAUAAACAUUGGAUACGCGCCACUUCUAUAAUAUGAAAAUAAAAAGGUUUUCUGAAAACGAUAGCAUCUUGAUAAUGAUCUUUUAGAAGAUUCACCCAGUCACGCAAAUACACACACUUCCAUACACUGUCACACACGUCAGCGGGAAACUUGGGGUUAAGUCAAAAGGCACAUUGACGUGAGACGGGGACACGAAUUUCUGACAGCCAAGUUGAUUACUCUACCCACUGAGCCCCAGUCGCUUUCAUUUCUCUGCUACAGACAAUUUUCUUUUAAUCGUUUUAUACCUGAAAAAUGAAUCUAAUUUUGACCACAAAACUUAAGGAAUUUUUGGCUCACAUUUCAGAUUUACGUUUUGUGUUUUCAAGCGAAAAUCAAGCAGAGGCCGCUCUCUGUUUUUCAGCGCUGACGUCAGAUGAGAGCGUCGAUUAUCAGGACACGCUCGGAGGCCAAUCCCUCCCACUCGUCCGUCCCUCUCUGUCCUCCUUCCCCAAGGAAGCGGGCGACCAGUUCCUCCUCUUCCUCCUCCUCCCCGCGCCUUUUUACCUCAGCCUCUGUACAAGCCGCGUCGUAGGAGUCAACUGUAUAAUAAUAGUGUGUAUAGAUUCACCGAAUGCGUGAGGAAGCAUGCAUGCAAGGAACUCUGGCUGGUCACCCCAGCUCAGCUUAAGACCACCAAAUUUUUUGCGGAGAAACAUUAAGAAAUUCAAUGCUUUUUUUUUUUUUGUAAAUAACUUUUUUCUUUCCUUUUUUUUUUUUUUUUUUUCAAAAAAAGAGAAAAAAACAAAACAAAAAAGUUGCAAACACACAUUUAACUCACUACUUUUGCUUUGAUGUUCUGGAGGCUAUGAGGAAUGUUGCAGGGAAGCCUUUAGCAGCACCGCCGAGAGAAAGCAAACACCGAACUCACACAAACAAACAAACAAACGGCAAACAUGCCCAUUCUGGUUGCGUUCAGCAAAAGACGGCUUUAAAAACCACAUUGCCUCUUCUGAUUCAAACUAAUUUACACUGCCACUCUUUAUAUUUUUUUGCUUUGUUCUUCUUUUAGUAUAUGCACAAUGCAAAUCUAAAUCGUAACAAUAGAUAUCGUAAGCCAUUCUUUCACCAUUCAGUUCCGGAGAGUCAAUUUACAGUACGGCCUCGGCAGUGACUCAUGUGCUUUUGUGCACGUUUUCCACGAAAAGCCUCCUUCAGCGCCCACACACACACACACACACACACACACACACACACACACACACACACACACACACACACACACACACACACACACACACACAUGCCGUUUGAUCCGAUCUCACUUCAGAUUCUUUUCACACCUCUUCUUCAAAGGAAUCCUUUAGGAAAUAUCAGAUUUUUACGUGCUCUUGCUGAGACUUUGUGCACAGUAGAAAUAGGGUCUGCUUGGCGGGAAAUGCUAAAAAAAAAAAAAAAAAGUGGACAAAAUUAAUCCAACGGACGUCUCCCUCUGUUUUGUGUUCGCUUUAACUCUUAGAUUAAGUCUCAGUUUCAAAGUAGAUUGAAGACGAAUGUGGAUUUUACCCAGGACAUCUCACUGCAACCUGUUCUGAUGAGACAUUUGAAUGUAACAACAGGUAAGAUUUUCCAAAGCACGUCAAGAUGAUUUUUCACAUUUUAUUUUAUUUUUUAGUGGAUGAAGAGGGGAAAAAAAAAAAAUCUAUCACGUGAGCUUUGAAUUGAUUCUGGUUCAAAAGGGUAAGCGACCUUGAAAAGCUAGCAACUAAUGAGCAUUCUUGCACUUGUAAAAUGUUUUUAUUUUCUUGAUGUUGAUCUAAAGUUUAUUUAACAUGUACAUAUGCUGUAAACAGAAACAAAUUAUCCAUAUAAUCUAUAUGUGUACAAGAAAUAUGUCUCUAUGUAAAAAAAAAAGAUACACAAAGUAUAAUAUAAUGAAAACAAAUAAAGAUGCUAAUUCAAA